UGAUACCGGAUGAUCCUUUCAGGCCGCGCCGGAACACUUUGAAGCGGUCUUGGAGCACCGUGGGACCGUUUCCUCGCUCCCUUUGGAUCCAUCCAGGUGUACCGGAGGAUGACUUUGACCGAGUCUGUGCCAAAAUAUGGAGAGACUCGAAGAAAGCUGGAUUUGGAAUAUGGUCACACAUGGAGAAGGACAGCAUGGCCCCAGCUAACGAACACCCACCGGAUCAGGACAUCCCACCGGCUCCGGACGGGCGCGUAGAAGAGGACCCCGUGAGGCCUCAAAACAUCCCCUGCGAAGUCCGAGACAAUAAGUGUCCUGUUACACGGAGGAAACCUAUGCUUAUCAAAAUCACAGAUCCAAGGCUGGAUGAGAUCUCUCUGAUGGUGGAGAGGGAGUUCCAGACUUUGACGUCACAGACAGAGAAAGAACGACGUGGCCUCUCCGACUCCUCUCAGCGCCCUGACGAUGUCCGGUGUGAUGACUGUUCCCAUGGCGAUGACCCCAUAUGGGAGACACAGGUGGAGAAGAAGGAGGAAGAAAAGUUGAUCCCAGAGGAGGAGCAAAGGAGGGACAUUGAGAAGUUCCUCAGGGGCCUCCUGAUCCCAGGGCAGGAGGAUCGAGGGGAGGAAAGUUCCAUCAUGGGGGAACCUCUAGACAUACCUAACCUGCUGAACCCCGACCUCGGUUCUAACCUCUCCCCUUUAGUUCCCGACUUGCUCCCCGAUCUCUCACCCUUGCUCCACGACCUGGCCCCCAACCUGACCCCCAGCGAAGACGACUUCCCCCCUCUCCCGAGCGCCGCGUCUCCAUGGCAAGGUGACAGGCUGUGGCAGGGCUCUCCGCCUGCCAACCUCCCCACACCUCUCAUCCCCAUCCCUGGCCCCUUCAACCUUCUGGGCAAAGUGGCUGCCUGUAUCAAGGCCUCAGCUCCAGCUCAAGCCCCAACUCCUGCCCCAGUCCCAGCUCCAGCCCCAACUCCUGCCCCAGUCCCAGCUCCAGCCAAGGUCCCAGCAAUCCAGGUCACGGCCUCAGCCCGUUCUUCAACUCCAGCCCCAGUCCCAGCUCCAGCCAAGGUCCCAGCAAUCCAGGUCACGGCCUCAGCCCGUUCUUCAACUCCAGCCCCAGCAAAGGUCCCAGCAAUGAGGAUUACGGUCCCAGCCGCAACCCCUGCUCCAGCCAAGGUCCCAGCUACCAGGAUUACGGACCCAACCAAGGCCCGAGCUCCAUCAACAACCCAGCAGGAGAUUUAUGACCUGAUGGCUGACUUCCCAGCCCUCCAGCCCCAGGGGAAAGCACCUCCACUGGGUUUGCAGCAGCCUGCCAAUGCCCCGUGCCGGGCUCCGACCACCAAUGUGGAGCUACUUCUCCAGGACCUACCCUACAGCGCCUUGUUCAAGGCCCAGGAAGGUGACCGGGAGCUGGGCAGACAGGAUGGUAAAAGAGUGGCCAAGGGACCCAAGAAGAUGGAGUCUGAACCCGAGGAGGAACCUCAAGACAUUACCGUUGUUACUGAUGAUGUUGACCAGUGGCCUGAGAUCACCACUACCAAGCAGCCUGCAUUCACCCAAGCCACUCAACAGGUUAUAGCCGACCGCUUGACAUCCAAUGCAUACAUCAAUGUUAACGGGACGGGUCUGCAUGCCAAAUGGGAACCUAUUUCCUACAGAGUGCACUUCUACUGGGCCCACGGGGGCUCUGGUCAAAAGGACAUAGUGCCAUUUGGGAUGCAGGCAUAG